AUGUUUGUUCGGAUGCUGAUCUUGAUCGAGGGAGGCAACCAUCCCAGCAUGCGUCUGAGCAGCACCGAGCACCGAGACAUCGACCCAUCCACCAGUUGGAUCACAGCCCUGCUCAACGAACAAGAGUUCCAGGCUGGACUGGCCCGUCUGUGUCUGGCUCCAGGGACUUGGCUAGUCAUCGGGGCGGCAGCCGCAUCCGAGAGGCGGAUGGCAUGCAUCGCGCUACACCGCGCUACGCCGCGUAUGAUAUGCCUUGCAGAGAAUGACAUGUCGCUCCCCACCUUCCCAGCCGAAGAAGACAUGCCGAUUGGGUAUGAGUCUGCAACUACCGGCAAAAGACCUACCUGGAUGAGAUAUGUGGAGACCUGA